GUGCACGCGCGCUCGUGCUGUGAGCACUGUCCUGCACUGCUUUACCGCAAAACGCAGAGAACGCAGUGGAUGUGAUAUAAUCUCGUGUUAUAAUCCAGGGUAAAUUCUCAUAGGAUUACGAUUUCAUUGUUUUCAAAUGGAUUUGACCCGUUUUGCCGUGCCUCGGCUCGGAUAGAUGAUGUUCGACAAUGACCGGUGAGUUUCAAGAGCACCCCCUGGACCCCAAACACUUCCAGGCUGAGCCUCUUUUCGAGAUGCAAUGUCAACCACCCAUUCCUGAAGAGUACUGUGCCAAUCAAGAACCAAAACCAAAAAUUGCAUCCAAACCUAGAAAAUAUCUCCAGCAUCAGCUCAGUUCAAACUUCCACAUGCACUUUCCACUCCACACCAACAAACAUCUAAGUCCUCCUAAUUCAAGAGGGCGUAUUAUGGAAAUGCAUAGAAAAAUAGUCCUGAAACAGGAGGGGUCACAAGAGAGGAAGACAGAGAAAAAAAAUUGUACGGAAAAGACAGUACAAACAGAUGAGGCAAAACCGGAUGCUAUUCUGGAACAGGGGGAUGAGUUAGGAUGCGGCGAUGAGUUAGCACAGGGAAUAGAUUUAGAUUUGGUGGAAGGUUUAGAAGAAAGUGAGACAUUUAAAUCAGAGGAUGAGGAAGAGUCAAUGGACCUUCUCUCUGAUUCAUCCAGUAAAAGAGAAGUGGGUGAUAAUGUUGUAGAGCAGAUAAAAGUAGAAGACAUAGGGAAGAUAGCAUGGGGACUGACUAAAAAUGGUGUAUCAACAUCACAUGAAAGUUCCAGUGAUGUUCAUAUGGCUUCUAAUAAAGUUUAUGGAUGCAUAACAGACAGAGACAGAAUACUGUACGACAACAUAUGCACCAGUAGGACUUUCAUUGAAGAAUUUUGCCCUGAUGAUAUAAUCCCAUGCAUGUUUUCACUUGAAGAAGACAUAGAUGGGAUGUUCCCUGAUAUUUGUGAUGCAGGUGAGGCGUUAGCUGACAAAGAUGGACUCUCUGAGUGUGAUCUCUUUGAACAAACAGAGCCUCUUGAAAAAACAGAGACAGAGGACAACAUCAAUGGAGAUAUUAUGAUGCUUACCAUUGAGGAUGGAUUGAACAGCUCUGAUUUGUCUUCAACUUCCAUUGAGGAAGAGGACGAUGAAAUGCAGGUGGAAAAAGAGAAAAUGGAGAAAAAGGGAAACAAUUAUUUGUCAGUCAAAAGUGCUUCUACUGAGUCUCCAGACUGUCUCUCAUCAAACAGUGGAGAUGUAAAUCUCCUUGAGUCCGAUCAGGCUUCUUCUUCUUCUCAGCCAUUUAUUGUUUCAGGCUCUGAUGCUAUCUCAGAUGAUGAUGUACCAGAUGCAAAUCAAAACUAUUUUAGCAAAUAUGUGGCUGAUCAUGAUGAAGCCAUGUCUGCCUCAUUAAAUCUUGAGGUCAUCAGCAGCACCCUCUCGCUUGGUCAACAGCAACCUGAAACUCAAGGCCAAAAUUUACAACAAAAUCAAGAUGAAGAGAGCAUUGGUGAAGAAAAAGGAGUUGCAAGUGACCACUUGAGUAUAUCUGAAGGAAAAGAACUCGCAGUAGAUCACGUGUAUGAAGAGACCGAGCCAAAAGUCCAAGCCAAAGGCUUUCUUCAGAACAGGAAGUACUUUAUGACUCGCUCUAUAUCGGUGGAAACCCCCAGCAAAAGAGUUGACCUAAUGGCUAGCCCUGCACCAGGAAAUGGGCGACUUUUGCUACACCCACGCUCCUUCUAUACGGAUCAGUGUUUCCUUGAAGAUAGUAGGCCUGCAUUGACUGGUUCAUUAGGGUGUCUUUCACAAGGCACCCUCUCCUCAAACUUAGCUAAAGUUACAAGAGUGGAUAUUCCACCCCCUUUUGAACUCGCAUCCAUCACAAAGCGGCCAAUCAGAAAAAGUUCUCCAUCCCUCCCGAACGAAAUCUCCGCUUCUUGCAAGAAGCCUGAUUUCGGGUUUAAACGAUACCUUCUGCCGCUACGGUUCCUUAGGAAAUCCGAUCGGAAAAGUGUGAUGGAUAACAGCUCGAUCUCCUCCAGGUCCUCGUCUGAGUCAAGUCCACAAGUGUCAUGCAAACGCUUGGAUUUUAUCAGGCAUAACAUGGGCAGCCUGGAGUUGCAGAACGCUCCCGAUUGCACACCACCUGUGUCCCCUUCUUCCUAUCUCUUCCACAAAAGUAGACAAAAACAAGGACUAAACUUCACUCUUAAUAAUGAUUUGACUUCUAGCAGCAUUUCUAUUGAGCCAGGCUCCCUCUUUGAGCCUCUUCCCCUUUCCAAACCUCGAUCUUUUUCAUCUCCCAAUACCGAUUCAUCGGAAUACGAGAACGUUCAAACCGCUGCUUCUCACUAUGAGAAUGUGCAGAUUCGCCUCCUGAAACCAGUCAUUCAGAGUCAACGAAAUCAGAGUUCAACCAAUGAUACGGAUGGCUAUGUGGAUAUGAGCAGUCUGCCAGGCUUCCAGAGCAAAAGUCAGUCAUCUGAGCAAGAGACAGAUAGCCUCUACACUUUCUGUUCUCCUAAUGUGAGGCCAGAUGGAACAGUGGGUGUUUCUGUUGGUGUAACUAGUUCUCAAGAGAAAAAGACAAAGACAUCUGACAAACUGACUGUCAACUGCUCCAGGGCUUUCUAUUGUGCCAAAGAGCUUCUGGAUAGUGAGGCCCAGCAUGUUAAGACUUUACAACUUCUCUGUGAGUCACUUGAAGCCGAUGAGAGGCUGAUGACAGUGUGGACAGAGGUACCUGAUAUUUGUACUCUCCACAAAAAUAUCCACACUUUACUGGAGACCCACUUAAAAGAAUGGGAUCAGAAUCAAGGUAUUGCUGAAAUCAUCCUGGCAAAGAAGACAGAGUUUUCCAUUUUCUCUUCUUACAUCAGUCAUUAUGAUGACAAAUUGAAUUAUCUGGAACACAUACAAAGCACACUUCUAGAUGCAGUGACCCUGAAAAAGCAGUUCCUGCAGGUCAUUGUGCGUAUCCUACAGUACCGUAUGUUGCUAACAGACUACCUAAAUAACCUCUCACCAGACAGCAGAGAGUUUGCAAAUACACAAGAUGCUUUGGUUGUGGUCUCAGAUGUAGCUUAUCACGCCAAUGACAGCCUUAAGAAUGGAGCAGAUCUCCUGCGUUUGGUCCACAUUGAACACAGCGUUCUGGGUUUGACAGAUCUCCUUCAGCCUGGGAGAGUGUUUGUGAAAGAGGGCACCCUGAUGAAGGUCAGCAGAAAGUGCAAGCAGCCACGUCACCUUUUCUUGAUGAAUGACAUAAUGCUUUACACAUAUCCUCAGCAAGAUUGCAAAUUCAGACUCAUCAACAGAUUACCAUUGGCAGGGAUGGAGGUCAGCAAGCCACCUAUAGAGAAUGCUCAGAGUGCACUGAAGAUAGAAGUGAACGAUAUAAGCAUCACUUUGUCUGCCAGCUCCUGCAUCGAACGGGACAGUUGGUUUGUGACACUGAAUCGGACAUUGGUGGAUCUUGGCCCAGCAUCAGGAGACCUAGUGGACUGUUUUGAGUUAGUGGAGGGCCCAGAGAUGUGUCUCGGUGAGAACGCUCCUCCCCUGUUGUCUGUUUCCCAGGUGACUGUUUGCAUGAACUGUCCCACACAUUUCAGCCUCACAAACAGACGACAUCACUGCCAUGCCUGUGGCAAGGUUGUUUGCAGAGAUUGUUGCAGGAACAAAUUCCCCCUGAAAUAUAUGAAGAACAGACGUGCCAAAGUGUGCGAUUAUUGUUACACUGAACUGCGUAAGAAUGAUGUUGCCGCAAUAACGGAGAGCUCCAGUCGACCGCUCUCUGCUGUCUUCCAAAACAUUCAUCCUUCAAGUCUAUGGAAGAGCCGCAAAGGCCAUUUAUCUUUCAACCAGGUGACAGGGUCUGAGGGAAUGAUGAGUGGAACGCUGCAAAGGUGCAAGAACAGCAAGAGAAGUUGGAGAAGCCUGUGGUUCCUCCUAAAAGAUAAAGUUCUCUAUACAUAUCCACAGCCUGAGGAGAGGGUCGCAUGUGAGACCCUUCCCCUGCUGGGUUUCUCUGUGAGGCCGGAGGUUGAAGGGGAAAGCAGCAUGUUUCAGCUGUACCACAAAAGUACUCUCUUCUAUACUUUCAGAGCCCAGGACAGUAACACUGCGCUGAGGUGGGUCAACGCCAUGGAAGAAGCUACAGUUCUGUAGCAACACUCAUCCUCGUUGUUUUCGUCUUCUCAUAUCAGCAAUUAAAUCUGCUAUUGAUCAUUCAAGAGCAAUGCAUUUGCACG